CGGAAGGUUCCGCUGUUUCCGCCCGGAACUUCGUAGAAGCGACACCAACGUACAGCAGCAGUCCGGUUAGAUUUGCUGCUAGCUACAGUGGAUAAACAGUUUUUUCACGGAAUGUCCUUAUAGAUGACCGCUUCACCUGCUCGAAACCACAGCUCUCUGAAGAUGUGCCGCUGAAGAAUGCGAUAGAUAUUACGCCUGCAGUUAGUUCGGAGACUGUUGUCAUCCCGGUAAUCAUGGAGAAGCCAAGGAGGUUAUGGGGGGCACUGGAGGCGUGUUUGCUGACAGUGUGCGCCUGGUCCUGGGGAGUCUGUCGUGUCUCCCUGCUGGCCCUCAUUCUGACCUUCCACCUGUACGGAGGCUUCAUACUGCUGGGCCUCAUCCUGGUCUCUGUGGCCGGCAUCCUGUACAAGUUCCAGGAUGUGCUGCUCUACUUCCCCGACCAGCCCUCAUCGUCCCGCCUUUACAUCCCCAUGCCGACGGGAAUCCCCCACGAGAACGUGUACAUCCGCACCAAAGACGGUGUACGGCUCAACCUCAUCCUGCUCCGUUACACCGGCGAAAACCCCGCCUCUGCUCCCACCAUUUUAUAUUUCCACGGCAAUGCGGGGAACAUCGGCCACCGCGUCCCAAACGCACUGCUCAUGCUAGUCAACCUGAAGGCCAACUUGGUUCUGGUGGACUACAGAGGCUACGGAAAAAGCGAGGGAGAUCCUAGCGAACAGGGACUGUACCAAGACGCAGAGGCCACGUUGGAUUACGUCAUGACCCGGCCGGACAUCGACAAGACCAAGGUGGUGCUUUUCGGCCGCUCAUUGGGCGGCGCGGUGGCCAUCCGUCUGGCAUCGUGCAACCCGCAUCGAGUGGCCGCCAUCAUGGUGGAGAACACUUUCCUGAGCAUCCCACACAUGGCGGCCACUCUCUUCUCUUUCUUCCCCAUGCGUUACCUACCGCUCUGGUGCUACAAGAACAAGUUUCUGUCCUAUAGACAUGUGCCACUGUGCCGUAUGCCAUCUCUCUUCAUUUCGGGCUUAUCAGACCAACUCAUCCCUCCGGUGAUGAUGAAACAGCUGUACGAGCUGUCGCCGUCUCGGACUAAACGCCUCGGUGUCUUUCCUGAGGGUACGCACAAUGACACAUGGCAGUGCCAGGGUUAUUUUGCCACCCUAGAGCAGUUUAUGAAGGAGCUUCUUAAAAGCCAUGCCCGAGAAGAGACGGCCCAGGGGACCACCAACGUCACCAUAAUCUAGAACAGUAACUACUGUUGACUGCUCCGAAUCUGGACCUUCUCAGAUAGAAUGUACAAUUAUUAUUAUUUCUAUUCUCCCCAACUUCUACGCUCUUUCUUUCCAUUGAUCACACACCAAGAAUUCAUUAUUUACAAUUUCAUUUAUUUAAUAGAGAAGGGUUAAUAUUUUAAGCCCACAGAAUACUGUUUUUAUUUUCUUUUAUAUCAAGUAUGAAUGCACCUCUCUUGAGAAUUUAAUGCCCUUUGAGUCUUUUUUUUUUCGUAAUGUCCCCACCACCUCCAAACGCAACUGGAAAUCGUUGUUUGCCUAAUCGCAAUGGUCCGAACUUCUUCCUUGGCUUGAUCUCUUCAGUGUAGAGGUCAGAUUUAGUAAAGUGGUUUAAAAUGCGUGACUAAAGUAAUGUCUGUGGUUACUAUUAUACGAGGAGGCUGUCACGUUUGUUCUACCUCAUAUUUCGUACAUAAAAAUGGUAGAAGUUUGUAACAUUAAGGUUAAACUUGCUAAAAAGAUCACUUUACUUUGAGUUUGUUUACACAUUUAGAAAACAAAACGGCUUAAAAAAAUGACAUUUGGCUGUAUGUAAUUGAUGUUAACCACUGAUUUUAUUUUAACCAUGAAUGAUGAACUACUAUUCCAAAAACUCCUAGAUUUUAGGACUGCAAAACUAAACAACUCUAGCAAACGGAGAAGCUUUAUUUUUAUUUAUUUGGUUUGUAUGUAAUGUUUUUUUUUUUUUUUUUUUUUUUUACCGAACAGAGGGCUCAUAACAAUUUUUGCCUUUUAAAUUCCAGUGAAUAGAGUUUAAUUUACCUGGGGCAACUGAUCCUAGUUCACUCAUCUUUGUGUGUGGCAUUUCAUGCAUUCAAUCUUCUGUACCCAGCUGUAUUGCGUUGGAGCUUUAUUUUCACACACUGCCUUCGUUUAGUUACGAAAGGUUUAAAAUCCACUCAGGAAAUCGGCUCAUUGUGGUUUGAUCCCAUGUCUUGGUUUAGCAUUUGGAGCUGUGUGUGAGAAGUAUAGAUUUCUAUACUGAUUUCCACAGUUCACUGUGAGCACUGAAUGGAAGUACCAACACAAGAAGCCUAAAGUAGGUUUACUCUCUCUCAGGCUUAGUGAUCUUCUGAAAGUAAGAGAGAAAUGGCACAUAGCAGCUGCUUGACAUUGUUCAAAGCACAGUCCAUUUGCACAACUUGUAAAAAAGAUGUUUUUCUUCUUUUAUUAAGGUCAGUUGUUUAACAUCAUAUCUCUGCCAAUGACCUGUUUUGUUUGGAUCAUGUUGGAAAAACCUGCCCAAAUGGAGCCUGUUGCGCUGUCACACAUCCAUUUUCAAAAAGCAGAAACAUUCACAAUAAUGCAAUGAUUAAAGAACACAAAAAUGUAAAUUGGCAUCAUGUAUGACUUUCUUCUUGAGUGGAACACAUUAGGAGAAAUUUUGAAGAGCGCAUUAGUCACUCUUUUCCAUGAAGUUGCAGGUAGAAGCCUCGGGGCUCAUUAAUAAAAGUGAGAGUAUCAUAAAGUACCGUCUUAUAUUUUGAAGGCACCCAAUGAACAUUUUGUUAUUCACUAAAGAUCUUCUCCAGUGAGUUGAAUCUGUUAGAAAUGUGAAAUGAGAAACGGUUUCUCAUAGAAAGCUAUUGUAUGUCUAUGGAAAGAUGAAAGGAAGAGUCUUUCCUCAUUCAUUGUAGUUGAUGAGCAACCAGCACAUUCUUUGAAAUGUCUCCGUUUGUGUUCCACUUUCAACUUUUUCAUGUAUUGAAUCGGAGGUAAAGACGUGAGGUUUGGGUUUCUGUAGUCUCACGUUGGUGGUUGACUGUCAAGAAGCACCCAUUAAAAGGUGAACGGUGGACUUUGCAAACCUCAGAUCCCUUUAUGAUGUAGUGUUGGAUCAGUGCACAGUUCAACUCUGUAAUUAUUGCAUGCUUUAGAUGCUCCACACUUUUCGUUUAUCUCUGAUGCACUUUUACACUCACAUCUGUUGUAAUGUUAAGAUGGCAGAUUGAGCCUAUGUCAGUGUGCAUGCAAGUUUUGCUGUCUUCAAACAAGAGGAUAUGUCCGGCUUCUAAAGUCCACCUUUUAUUCUCAAGGGUGCUUACGAGGUUGUAUAGUAGCACAGCUGUGCUCUAUAUGUCUUCAGUUAUGUCUUGUAUUAUUUAGGUUUUUUAGUUACGUGGUAACAGGACAGUUGCGAUUGAGUAAGAAGUGGAACCAGCCAAUGCAAGAGAAAAAGACCCACGACGCCUGCUUUUGGAUGGUUUCCGGACAUAAGAUACUUUUGUAUAUCAAUUUAUUGACCUUUUGAUUUGAAAAGAAAUAUUUGUAAUGGUCAUUGUAGGCCUAAUUCAUAAGAAUUGCCUCUAAACGGUAUAGGAAAUAUUUUCGGAGUAAAAUGAUUUGCAAUGUGACAUUUAGUUGAAAUCGAAGUGAUGUGCCAUGAAACCUUAUUGAAUGUCUGUGUGGGUGAGUGUUAACCGAUGCUGAAACAUAAUGCUGAGAUAUGCUAAAAACGUUUACUAGAUUUGACUAACACACCAUUGGCAUGUCCUGGCCAUUCUCUGGGGCUAGUUUUACGUUGAAAUCUCAUUUCAGCUUGUUCGUGAACUGAACACAUGAAAUAAUGUAAACCGCUGCUCAUGUUUUAUAUUUGCUUUUUACAGUAAAUAGCAGAGCGGAAAAGAUUUGGUUCUGAAUGUGCAAGGAGUGUUUUCUUAUUCUUUCCACAUGUGUGUUUGGAGCUCUGGGUUUUCUAUUCCAAUCAUCUGUUCAUGUACAUAAAAAUCAGUCACACUUUCUAUUUUCUGUGUGUUGACAUGCAAUAAAGAAAUCAAACCCUUCUGAUAA